GGACAGAGUCUAUGCUAUGGUACGUUGAGCAACUUGACUCGUCUAGACUAAUCUAGAUCUAGAUCUAUAUCUAGAUACAUGAUAGAUCUACAACUGUCCCACAGUGUUGUACAGCAUUAUGAAGAAGAGUGGAAAAUGAAACCUGCACAGUGAUCAGCCAGACUUCUUAAUUCGAUUAAAACCAUGAAUUUUGACAAGAAAAGGAGGGCUCGAGUCCAGGGGGGCUGGGCUGCUCCCAACAAUAAUGCACACAAGUCAAGUGUUCAGCGCCACAGCAAUGGGUCUCGGCCGGCUUCUUCCACUGCAAGCAAGUCUGCCCAUCACACAGAGGCAAACCAAUCUUCUUUCAGUGUAAAUGAAAAUGAGCAAGACAGCACCAAUCCAAUUCAGAGUCACGCAAAAAUCCACUCAGCUCGUACGGAGAAAGAGAAGCCUACUUCAUCAAUGCCUAUUUGGAUGGGGAAAAAUAUUGACCAACCUGUGACAAGGCAGAAAUUCGUUUAUGAGGAACCAGAUGAGGAAAUAAAGGUUAAACCAGCUGACAAGGUUAUCACAAAACCUGGAGUUUAUGACAUCAGCACUGAGCCUUCUGGGGUUUCCAGGCUCCGAUACUUUCCAGACUUUAUAGCACCCUCCCGUUGUGAUGCAAUAUUCGCAGAGUUAUUCAACGAGGUGCCCUGGGGGCAGAGACACGACAUCCACAACGGGAAACAAGCCAUUCAGCCGAGGCUCACGGCCUGGUACGGCGAUCAGCCAUACACGUAUGGGGGAGUCACCGUAGAGCCCAACAUUGAUGAAUGGCCGCUGGCUUUGAAGCAGCUCAAAGAGCAGCUAGCAGAAAUAACCGGCAUUGAGUUUAAUGCUCUGGCCACCAACUUGUACCGUGAUGGACAUGACAGUAUAGGUUGGCACUCUGACGAUGAACCCAUCAUGGGGAAAAGUCCUGUCAUUGCCUCACUGUCUUUUGGGGAUGAGAGAGUCUUUGAGCUGCGCAAGAAACCACCUCCAAACGAUGUGGGAGAACGAGACUACACAUACAGCCAAGUGAUCCGGGUUCCCAUCCGAAGCGGAGCACUUUUGAUCAUGGAGGGCUGGACACAGGCUGACUGGCAGCACCGAGUGCCCAAGGAGUAUCACGACCGCGGCGCUCGCAUCAAUGUCACUUUCAGGAUAGUGAAACCCGUAGGGGAGUGGUGAACAGCAAACGGAAAUUGUGUCUCAGGAACAGGGAUUUGUGCUUGUAAUGCACUCUCCCGUAACGUAUCUCUUAUCUUAAGUUUUAAUUGAAAUAAAAGUAGCUUGUAAAUUAUGCAUGCUUUGGAAGUUGGAACCCAGGUUCUUGAAUGGCUUUAGUUAAAUUUUGGCAUAUUUUUGUGUUUUGUAAAGUUGAUGUAUACAGUAAUACAGUGGGGCAUGGAGAACUCUAAACACAUUGGGGAUUGACAAAUACGUUCAGCACAUCCAUAAUAGGGGAUGUCAAUAAUGAAAAAUUAAAGUGAUAUCAGUCUGGGGAAUGGCAAAUUGUCUGAACUGUCCGUGAUUGUGAUUUUUCUAUGUUCGUGUUAUAUCUGUGCCUGACUGUACCUUUCAGCUUGAGAACUGGGUUGGUACAGUUCUGUGUUGUAUUAAUAAUGCUCAGUACAGUAAAUUAUGAAUUGUUGAUUGUCUCGACUUUGAUCCUGAAGAUAAAAUGAAGGACUUUUCAAAAUCGAAUGUUAUGGUCACCAAUUCUUUGAACACUUUGGGCUGAAAGUGAAAGUAGUGAGAGGAAAAAGUUUUCUUAUCUACUCAUGCAUGUUAGCCUAGUUUGUAUCAACUUUACCUAAGUUCCUGUUUGAAAGAGUUGUAAAUAAGGUGAUGUGUUUUAAGAAAGCCUUGCUGAUGAAUGUUAUUGUAUGUAAAAUCUCAAUGACUAUGCAAACACUGAAUGUAUGUAAAUUACUCAAUAGUGGGCCUUGAGGAGCCAGCAACUGUGAUAUAAUGGUAUUACCAAAAAACUGUUUAUGUUGUACCGCCGAUGUUUCAGUGUUGAUGUAUGAAUGGUAAUUGGUCUUUUGAAACUGAAAAUCCUGUCUGAUUGCAGGAAUGGGCACCUCUGCUUCAUUUAAAACUGACAAAGAAAGUAUAAUAAUAAUGGCCCAUGAUGAUGUGUAUUUAUUUUACUCGAUUUAAUUCAUCAUAAAUUUAAAACUGCAAUUGGACUAUUUAGUCUUGCAAAAAAUCUGAUAUGUGUCUUUUCAGUUCUUUAGAUAAUUAAGUGUUGUACAUCGCCCUAAAAAAUUCCCACCAUACAAAUGAAGUACAAAGCUGGGCAUCCAUUUAAAGAUCUGUUCACUUUUCAUGCCUAUACACACUGCUAAAUUUUUUUUCUGACCUAUUUUAAGUCAUCGUAAAAUGAAAAAAUCAUCAUGUGAUAGACAUGUUCAUGGGCUGAGGUUUCUGAAGUAUAAUAAUGUGAAGUCAGUCCCUUUUUUCCCUCCACUUUUUUCAUUAUGUUUGAUGCAGCAGUGUUGUUGAGAUCAAUUUAUUGUUACAAGAAAAGGUCUCCCCCCCCCCCCUUCCCCACCUUCAUACAUCAUGAUCAUGAUAAUCCUGUGUCUUGUUCCUGUGAGUCAUAACUGCUGCCUCACUGUGUACUGUGACCCCAGGGCCACCUUGUAUGUAGGCUCAGUACUUGGUCAAGCUGUUCUAAAUGGGAAAUGGGUCGGGAAGUGGGGGGGUCUAACUUUACUUUUAGCAUUUUAUUGACUGUGAAAAAGUGUUAGACUCCAAUAAUGUGAUAUGAAUUCAUUUUUACAACCUUGAAAUUUGUCUGAUACAAAUUAACCUGCUAUUGCUUAUAUUUUGUCAAGUUUUUUUUCUUUGUGGUAUUGUAAUAACAUUGUGGGGAAUUAAGAAAUAAUCUCUUGCAGCUUUGGAAAUAAAGGAAACUAUGAUUGCAUUUCAAA